UUCAAUUUUUAUCAUAUUCAUCUUACUCUUUCUUAGAUAUUGGAGUGUUUGAUGAUUGAGAUAUACCAAUUACUGAAGGAAGCAGCUGGUUAAUUAUGAGAAAUUCAGUAAUUUCAUUGAUUAAUGAAUUGAGAAAUUAAGAUGCUCUUAAUUAUAUAUAGUUUUAUUGCUGUAUAUGUUAUAUGUAACCUUAAUCUCUGAAUCUGAAUCACAGGAUUUGAGGUCUCAAUCUGAAUUACAGGGUUGGAGGUCUGAAUCUAAAUCACAGGGUUUAAGGUCUGAAUCUGAAUUACAGGGUUUGAGGUGGUCUGAAUCUGAAUCACAGGGUUGGUGGUUUGAAUCUAAAUCACAGGGUUGGAGGUCUGAAUCUAAAUCACAGGGUUGGUGGCAUGUUUCUGUGUUUUUCCUUGUCAUGGAGGCAAUAUCAGUGGUGUUGGAUUUAUAUGGAAAAAGCAAAGAGAAUUUUCUUCUUGCUGCAUUUGUCUUGUCAGCCUUUGGUUUUAUUAUAACCAUGUAUGCUUUUAUCAGGAAAACAAGAACUACAGCAUAUAGACAAAAACCUGUGCAGGAACUUGCGUGGGUGGAGGUUGCCUUCUCUGUGCUCCAAUUAGUUACUUUGUUCAUUCAAUAUAUCCUAGCUGCUGCAAGAGUGAAGAACAGUUACAGCCCAUCGCUUUACCCGCUAGUCUUUGCCCUUCUUGUUGUUGUGUUUGCUUUCAAGAAGAAGCAAAUUUCGCAUAGCCAGGAGCGGGUACUUGAUCCAUAAAGGUAAGGCAAAUGUACUUCUACCUCAAAGGCCCCAUUAUAGUGAAGAUUCGUCGGACUUGCAAUAUUAUUAAGGUUAAAUAAACCGUCUUCCACUUUCCUUCUAAAAGAUUUACUUUUGAUAUUUUAAUUUUUGAUUAUUAUCUUAAUUAUUGACUUUCUUUGAAGAUUGAUGAGAUCGUAAUAUUUGUUGGUGCU